AUGUCUGUUAAGUUUUGUUAUAAUUUCAUUCGAAAAACGUCUAAUCAUAGACCUAUGAUUUUACAAACUGAUACACUUUAUAAGCCUAACUCCAAAGAGCAUUUACCGACUGCGUCGACAAUUGAAAAACGCAUU